GCGACUCGCUGACUGUCGUAUUAUACGCCAGCGCACGCAGAUUCACGCCAUCACACUCGCUCGUCGCCCCGCGUGUGUCCGUCUGUUCGUGUAUACGCGCACGAGCAUAGUCCGAGAGAAAAACGCGUGCCCGCCACAUUUUUAGCAUGUCAGUCCUUUAACACUCUGUCUCUCUCGCGGAUUUUUUUCUCUGCCAGUCGACACCGAUAUUCCUCCCGUGUCGCUAAACGCAGUUAGCUAGUCGUUUAGCGCCUUUUUUCUGCUCGGUCAGCAUCGCCGAUAGUUAUCCACUUUUUUCUCGCUUCGCUCGUUUCUCCUUGGAACCGCGCACCGGUAACUGGAUCACGAUGUGGACUUUGAAAGUUCUCGGACUGGCGUUGGUUCUCGCGGUGCCGGACGCGUCCUCACAAAUCAUAUAUCCAGACGAUGAUGCGUGCACCACCCCAAAUAGGACUCCCGGUACGUGUAUAAACUUGAAGACCUGCCCCCCUUUACUCCAAAUGAUACAACAAAAGCCGUUACCGCAAGGAGCUAUACAAUUCUUGCAGCAAUCGCAGUGUGGCUUGGAUGGAACUGAUCCCAAAGUUUGCUGUGAAAAAUCGUCUGGCUCGACUACGAGUAGGCCAGUCGACGACUCGCAACCGCCAGAUGUUACGAAUCAUUCGAAUCUGCGCCUGCUGGAUCACAGAAAUUGCGGUAUUAUAAACGCGAACAAGAUUGUUGGUGGAUCUACAGCAGGAAUACAGGAAUUCCCAUGGAUGGCGCUAUUGGCCUAUCGGACCGGUGCUCCCAAACCGGAAUUCCGCUGCGGUGGUUCAGUCAUCAACAAUCGUUACAUCCUUACUGCCGCUCACUGCGUUACUCAAUUACCCUCGAAUCUGCAGUUGGUCGGAGUAAGAGUUGGCGAGCAUGAUAUAACGACUGAAAGAGACUGCCAAGGUACUGGCAGCGAAGAGAUCUGCAACGAAAGGUACCAGGAUUUCAGCAUUGAAAGAGUUACCUUCCAUCCGCAAUAUUCAAGGACGGCGCUGCGCAACGACGUCGCUCUGAUAAGAGUCAACCGUAACAUCGAUUUCAGGCCAGCUAACGCUAAGCCCAUUUGCAUGCCCAUCGGUACUGCGGCGCGAAUCCGAUCGAAGAAGCUGACGGUGACUGGCUGGGGAGUAUACGAGCAGCGCAUAUCGAGCCCGGUGAUGCUGAAGGUCAACCUUCAGCGCUUCCCACAGGACCAGUGCGCCGCGGUGUAUGCGAAACAGACACGGAUUUGGCACAAACAGAUGUGCAUGGGCGGCGAGCAGGGCCGCGACUCUUGCAGUGGAGACUCUGGUGGCCCUCUUCAAGGCCCUACCGUCUACAACGGUGACUCGCGUUACGUCCAGUACGGUGUCGUCAGCUUCGGUGUCCGCAACUGCGGUACCCAGGGCUUCCCCGGCGUCUACACGCGCGUCGAUUACUACCUUGACUGGAUACUCGACAACUUGAGCUACUGAUUCUGACCGCAGCGUUCUACUGUUUUUAUUGUAACAUCGCCGCUCGAGGAGAUUGCCACUGAUGACUUUUACUUCAUUUGAUUUUACUUUUCUUGAUUUUGAAGAUCUUUUUAUUUAUGUGUGUGCAAUUCUCGUACGAAAUGGAGGAUUUUCUGCAGGUUGUGAAUAAAAGACUUAACUAUUUUUCAAUGGAAUGCGUAUACAAACAGUCGGCUGAUUUUUAUUAAACGCUCGGUUAAUUUUGGUAUCGAACUCUGUGAUAUCGUUUAGUGGAAGUUUCUUUUUCUACGAAAAGUUUUAUAUUUUUUUUAUUAUCAUAUAAUUGCAGGUAGCUCGACCCAAUUAUAUAACAUUAUGACUAUAACUUACUAAAUACAAACAAUAUUAUUUCAUGCUCACUAUUGCACAAUCGAGGUAAAAAUAAACAAUGAUAAAAUA